GCCGGGGGCGGUGAAGCGCGGCUCUGUCGCUGCACCUCGGCUUCCGCGUCUCAGCGCCGCGGUGCCUUCGGUUGCAGGUCGCGGGCUCUGAGGUCGGCUCCGAACCCCCGUUUACAGAGUCUGGUCGUGCGAGAGGGGCCCCAGAGUGCGGCUCCCUGGAUCUCGUGGCGGCGGUCGCGAGUAACCCGUCAGGAGGCCGGCUGAGUCACCAGGAGUUAAACUUUGGGAUGUGCACAGGAUGAUGGACAACAAGGAUGUAGAAGCUGAAAUCCACCCCUUGAAGAAUGAAGACAGAAAAUCACAGGAAAGUUUUGUAAACAGAUUGAAAAAUGAAGAUAACUCAAAAAGCAUGCCUGUGUCGUCCCGGCUCUCCCGGUGCCGGACAGUGGCAUUUUUUCUUUCGUUGUUUAUCUGCCUUUUUGUGGUGUUUGUGGUCUCCUUCGUCAUCCCAUGUCCAGACCGACCAGAGUCACAGAGGAUGUGGAGAAUCGAUUACAAUGCAGCAGUCACCUAUGACUUUCUGGCCAUGGAAGACAUAAACAGGGACAAGAUCCAAGAUGUUGUCUUUCUUUAUAAAGAUACCAACAGCAGUAACAAUGCCAGCCUAUCCUGCGCUGAUGAAGGCUUCUCCUCUCCCUGUGCCUUUGUGGCUGCCGUGUCAGGGGCCAACGGCAGUGUGCUCUGGGAGAGGCCUGUGGUCCAAGACGUGGCGCUUGUGGAAUGCACCACACCCCAGCCGUCAGACAGUAAGGUGUCCUCUGCCUGCAUCCUGGUGGGAAGACCUGGCCCCUUCCUUGCCGUCAGCCUGUCCACAGGGGAGACCCUGUGGAGCCACCCCAGCAGCUUUGGCGGGAACACGUCUGUCCUGAGCCCUCUGCUCCAAGUACCUGACGUCGACGGUGAUGGGGCCUCUGACCUGCUGAUCCUCACCCAGGAGGGAAAGGAGAUCAGCGGAUACAUCUAUUCAGGCAGCACCGGGGACCAGAUCGGCCGCAGAGGCAGCCUUGGUGUGGGCGGAGACAGCGGCCCCCUCCUUCACGUCACCAGGACGGGUGCACACUACCUCCUCCUGCCCUGCGCAAGCUCCCUCUGUAGCCGCUCUUUAAAGGGUCUCUAUGAGGAGGUGACCGGGAGAGGCGGCCCGUUUAAGAGUGACCCCCGCUGGGAGAACGUGCUCAACGCCUCCACCCACAGCCUCCUGCCCAGCUCUGGAGCAGUCCGCUACCUGAUGAACGUCCCCGGGAAGGCCGGCCAGGAUGUGCUCCUCGUUACUUCGGAGGCCUGUGUGCUACUGGACGGGCAGAAGCUGACUCCCAAGUGGACCCUGGGCAUAGCCCAGGUCCUGAGAAAACCUAUCCUUGGCCACUAUAAACCGGACACCCCAGCAGUGGUCAUUGAAAACGGAACUGGCACGGACAGACAGAUCCUGCUUCUGGGCCUCAGCAGUGGGGCCGUCCUGUGGAGCCAGGCCCUCCCGAGCUUCCCCGGGGCCCCACCGACCACCAGCCUGCCAACUGCAGACCACCGCUCAGCCUUCUUCUUCUGGGGCCUCCACGAACUGAUUGGCACCAAUGAGAUGGAUCCCAGGGAUGCCCGGCACAGCCUGUACAUGUUCCACCCUACCCUCCCCGGCGUCCUGCUGGAGCUGGCCAAUGUCUCUGCCAACAUCGUCGCCUUUGAUGCAGUCCUGUUUGAGCCGAGCCGCCAUGCUGCCUACGUCCUCCUCACAGGCCCAGCAAGCUCGGACGUCCCUGGCCUGGUCUCCAUGAUCAAGCACAAGGUGCGGGACCUUGUCCCAGACAGCAGAGUGGUCCACCUGGGUAAAGGCAGGCGAGACAGUGACCAGGCCAUCAGAGACAGGUUCUCCUGGCUGCGGUAUCGGAGCGAGGUAUAGGUGGCGCCAGUGGGCACCCAUGGAGAGAUUCCAGCUGUAAAAAUCAAACAUUCUGGGACAGCUACCCAUCUCUCGGCCUCCACACUGACCCUGUGACAGUCUCCCCAGGACAGGCAUGGCUUUAUGUGUCAUACCCAGAGACGUGUGUGGCCAGGACACCGCGGCCAUCACACGGUGUCACCCUGUGCCCCUGGGGCUUUGUCUAGGCCAGGCUGCCUCCCUGUGGUCUUGCCGGGAGGAGCUCAGGCCUGGGGAUCCCCUGCCACUCCAGCUUCCCCUGCCAGAGAAGCCACUGUUAUGAUCACGGGUGUCCCUUCCUCUUCCUACCUGGUGGUACCUAAGGCUUCACAGCCUCAAACCCUUCCCAGAGCAGAGGGAACAUCUCCCAUGCAGGUUGAAAAAACAGAGCUUGGGAAUGGAGUCUCCCCGACCAGGGCCGGCUGUAGUGUUCACAGGCGCCCUCAGUACACACUGGAGCUGCUG